AUGUCGUCGUUGCCACGUGUCGGUGAUGAGGAAGAAGGCGUCGGGCAGUUGAUUACGGAUCUUCAGGAAAAGGGGACGAAUUUCGUUUUGUUGCAAAAGACACCGCAAAUUUUGGAACUGCAGACAAUUCUCAAGGAUAGAACCACAAAUCACUCGGAUUUCGUGUUCAACGCGGAUCGCUUGAUGCGUCUAGUGAUCGAAGAGUGUCUCAACCACCUCCCGUUCACCGAACAUACAGUAACCACGCCCACCGGUUUCCGAUAUGAAGGAAUACAGUUCAAUCGUGGCAAUUGUGGCGUCUCGCUGUGUCGAAGUGGCGAAGCGAUGGAAGUUUCGUUGCGACAGUGCUGUCGGUGUAUUCGUAUUGGAAAGAUCUUGAUUGGCGACGAACAAAAAGUGCUCUACGCGCGCCUUCUUCCCGACAUUCAAUCGAGACGCGUCUUGUUGCUGUAUCCAACGAUAGGAUCCGGAACAACGGUGUGCAAAGCGAUCGAAGUGCUGAAAGAGGCUCGUGUCCCGGAUGAAAACAUUUAUCUGGUGUCCCUAUUCAUUUCCCCAACUGGCCUGAAAAAUAUAACCCGUAAAUAUCCAUACAUCACUGUCGUCGCCUCUGACAUCACCUCUCUCUAUCCCAAUCACUUCUCAACCAGCUAUUUUGGAGCUGUUUGA